AUGGGAGCCUGUGGGAGCAAACCUAAGGAAUCUGACAUCCUCGAAAGCCUUGUCCCCACCGACAAUGCAGUUGUUGAGUCCAAGAAUGAAACAGAUACCACCACACUAGCUCAGGAGAAGAAAGAAGAGUCUAGUGAUGAGGCAAAGGAGGAAAGUGAGACAAAAGUGGACUCCUCUGAGGCAGCCAAAGUUGAGCCAACUCCAGAAGCUGUGAAGGCAGAUGAGAAAGCUCCUUCCGAGACUGAGCCACCAACACAAGAGACUGCACCUGCCAAAAUCGAUGAGGCGCCUCUUGUGAUUCUUUGAUUUUCUCAUUUCCAAAUAUUAAAAUCCAUGUUUUAUCUGCAAGUGUUUCUCACAUUAUAAUUCGA